GCAGGUGCCCAUGUUCAUGAGGCAAAUAGCACGAAGUUUUUCGGCAGGGAGAAGCGCCGGUGCAUGUUGCGGGAGAUUGACGGCUGUCUCCGCGUAACUGUGAGAUACGGAGGUGUGACGGGAGUCGCCUCUGCCGCAGCACACGCCGCCCGCCGGCACGCCAGCUACCACAGCAGUUUCGGGGGCGUACGCAAAAUCCACGAAGAAGAAUUUCUGUCGCCGGUCGGACUGGAUGGGAAGGUUUUAACGCCGCCUUCGGCCUGAAAACAAGAUGGGUGGGCCACCGUCCACGAGGCCGGUGUCUCAAAGUAGCAUCGGCGCGUCAUUAUUCGGGUGGGACGAAAAAAAAUGGACCGAAUACUGGCGAUGUUGGUGGCUUUCUGUGUUCAUCGCUCUUUGUACAAUGAUUCGCUCAUGCAAACGCCCAGCGCCAACAAGCACACACGCCCGCAUAUUGCCCUGGCAUUCCCUCUUAUCGUCAAGAUUCUAUUACCCCAUUGCGUAUCCCUCAUUCCGCCGUCGCCAACAAAGGGAGCACCACGGGACCCAAUGGUGGACUGGCUGCCGAGUGCUACCCUUCGCCAUCCCCAAAAACUCUCUAUUAUAGCGGGCCGAAGUCUGAGACGUCUAAGACGCUACUCUGGACAUCCGGAACGAUUCCCGACAAUCGAAUCGCCUACUACUGGCCCGGAAGAAUUCGGCCGAGCGCCUGAUCGAGACUCAAUGAGGCGGAAAUUACCUUGGAAGUUACCGCUUAGCGGAUACCAACUCCGUGGUAUCCGUUGUAUCCACCAUGCACAAGAUCGUUCUUUCGGCGAUGGGCAAAUUGGAGUCCUGCGAAACGAGAUGGGUGCCAACAAGCGGGGUUCUUGCAAGGGCGUAUCAGAUUUAGCUCUGCAGUGGCGGGGCGGCGAAGUCAUAAGUACACUAGAGUACACACCUUUCGAGCUCAUACGAAAUCCGGGGAAUCUACAGUCGGUUGUCUAAUGCUCGGUCAAGAGGUUAUCGAUUGAAUUCUCACGGCGGAAUCCCCACUAAUUCUGAGACAAACGACCUGAAGU